GUGGACUUUUUUUGUAAUCUCGCAUUCCCCGUCCGUUAACUCCGUUACUGGGCUUUUCUCCGUGUUUCGAAACCCCAUCCUCCUCUUCCUGAUUCUCUUCUUUCGUUGUCUUCUCUCUCUCUCUCUCUCUCUCUCUCUCUCCCUUUCUCUCUCUCUCUGAGUUUCAGUGUGCGCGCGCUAAUAAUCUGUCCUUCAAACUUGUGUAGAAAUUGCACGUUUCGCUAGCUUAUGGUCCUUCAAAUCAUCCGCGGGAAUGCUGUUUUUUGAUGCUGUAAUCGGCUGCAGAUGCUCGACUUCCGCGCCAUCUUUGUUUUGAUGCCCUUAAGACGGUAUUUUUAGUGACUAUCAAGAGAUUUGAUGGCGGCGACGACAAUGGCGACGGCCGCCGGAGCGGCGAUAGUGCUGUACUACGUGUUGGUUCGGAGGUGGUCGGCUAAGGGAGAAGAAGAAGAAGGAGGAGAUGAUCGGACGGGUGAGUACUCGAAAUUGAGUAGAUCUGGGAGGAGGAGGAUUGCCCGGCGGCCAGCUCAGGCGCCUGCAACGUGGUUCGAGACGAUCACCACGUUGUCGGAGACGCUUAGGUUUACGUACUCGGAAACCCUAGGUAAAUGGCCGAUCGGAGACUUGGCUUUCGGCAUUAAUUAUCUCAUGCGGAGGCAGGGUAACUUACAAGUUGCGGGCGUAUAUGCUGGAGGCGAUAGUGUACAGCUAAAAGGCACUGAGAUUAUUGCUGAGUUGAAUAGUUUUUUGAGCUUGUUGACUCUGUGUAUGCUUUUUUCAAAGAAACCAUUUCCAGUAUUCUUGGAAUCUGCUGGCUACUCUCAGGAAGAUGUCCUUCUUCAGAAGCCUAAGGCAGGGCUUCUGAAGCCUGCUUUCACUAUUUUGCGUGAUAAGAAUUCAAAAUGCUUCCUUCUAUUGAUCCGGGGUACUCAUAGCAUCAAAGACACCCUGACAGCGGCAACUGGGACGGUGGUCCCUUUUCACCAUUCAGUUUUAAGUAAUGGUGGGAUAAGUAAUUUAGUUUUAGGAUAUGCGCACUGUGGGAUGGUUGCUGCGGCUCGUUGGAUUGCAAAACUUAGCAGUCCUUGCCUAAUAAAGGCUCUUCAUGAUUUUCCUGACUACAAUAUUAAGAUUGUUGGGCAUUCACUUGGUGGUGGUACCGCUGCGCUAUUAACAUAUAUUCUUCGAGAACAGAUAGAGUUCUCCUCAAGUACCUGUGUCACAUUUGCCCCAGCUGCUUGUAUGACAUGGGAUUUGGCAGAAUCUGGCAAGCACUUCAUAACUACAAUUAUCAAUGGUUCUGACUUGGUACCAACUUUCUCCGCUACCUCUGUUGAUGAUCUUCGCUCUGAGGUCACAGCAUCAUCUUGGUUAAAUGAUUUACGUGAUCAAGUUGAGCGUACAAGAGUUCUAAAUGUUGUUUAUCGUUCUGCAACUGCCCUUGGUUCUCGUCUACCAUCUAUUGCUAGUGCAAGAGCAAGGGUUGCUGGUGCAGGUGUGCUUCUACGGCCCGUUUCCAGCAGCACUCAGGUUGUGAUGAAGCGGGCACAGAAUGUUGCUCAAGCAGUUGUCAAAACUCGCUCGUCUUUGUCGUCAUGGUCAUGCAUGGGUGCACGUCGACGUACUGUAGCUCCAUUAUUGAAUCCCAAAACAGAUGAAAUGCCUGAGGCUUCUUUGAUCUCCGAUGAAGCUCUUGUGGCUGAUGUUGUAAUGAGAGACUCAGAGGUAAACAUGGUGGAAUCUGGUUCAUUGAGCAGUGGAUCCGGACAUGACGACACAGAUGAAGAGGAGGAACUCAUCCCAGUUGAUAGAGUCAUUGCUACAUCUUCCAUUAAGAUUACUGAAGGUGAGCUGUGGUUUGAACUGGAGAAGGAGCUCCAGAGGCAGGAGGAUGAAUCUGAUGUUCAGGUGCAUGAAGAAGAAUUGGCUGCAGCAAAAGAAAUUACGGAGGAGGAGAAUGUGCUGGCUGAUGUGGUCGAAACCAAGAAGUCCACAUCUUCAUCAGAUGUUUCCGAGAGCCUCCGCUUCUAUCCACCAGGCAGAAUCAUGCAUAUUGUUACCACACCUGCAUCUGACACUGAUUCUGCUAAUUCAGGUCACGAUGGUUUUACUGAAGAACAUAUUGGUAUCUACGAGACUCCCAGGGAUUUAUACAGUAAGCUUCGUCUCACAAAAACAAUGAUUAAUGAUCACUAUAUGCCUAUGUAUAAGAAGAUGAUGGAGCUAUUAAUUAGGGAACUGGAAAAUGACGAAGCUUGCAGAUGUGUCAUGUGAAAAGAGAAUGAAAUGAUGUCAAAAUAAUAUAUUGCGUAUGACCCUGCCUAUUUAUACUGAUCUUCUUGUAGUUUAGUAGGGUUCUUGUUCCCCCCGACAGCAAAAGCUAUAUAUAUAUUUUUUUCCUUUACUCUUUUUUUUUUGGGUGGGGGGAUGUUUUGUACGAGAAGAUUAAAAGAAGUGGUUGGGUGCUGAGUUCCUUGGAUGGGAUUAAAUUUAUUGUAGUAAUGAUUCUUUGUGGAUGUAAUCUUCCUUCCAGAAUGUAAAACUGAAACAAAAUUCAUUUUGUAGAAAAGUAUUUUCAACUAGCUAAAACAUUUUGGAAUUCA